AUCCCCUCGCUGCAGCCAGCCCCGCCGCUCCGGAGCGCCAGCCAGCGCGGGUGCGAGCGAGCCCGGAGCGAGCCAGCCGGAGGGGCCCCUUGCGCCGGAGCCGUGGAAAUGGUUUGGCGGCGGCGCUGAAGCCGGGCAGGGCGCGGAGAAGGCGAGAGACCCCCCCCCCCCCCGCCCGCCCGCCGGACCCCCCGAUUCCCCCCCCUGCCCCCCAGCGCCCGGGCCAAAGGCAGGAGCAUGCGGAAUCUGCGGCUCUUUCUGCUCUGGGUUGUGAUUCUGGCUGACACUCAGUGCCAAGUUGUCCAGACCCGGUUCAGUGAGGAGCCAGAGGACCAGACUGUGGUGGCCGGGCAGAGGCUUGUCCUGUCCUGCGUGGUGCUGAACUACUCCGGGAUCGUGCAAUGGACCAAAGACGGCCUGGCGCUGGGCAUGGGGCAGGGGCUGAAAGCCUGGCCACGCUACCGGAUCAUCGGCACGGCAGACUCCGGACAAUACAACCUGGAGAUCACCGACGCCGAGCUCUCGGAUGACGCCUUGUACGAGUGCCAGGCCACAGAAGCCGCGCUGCGCUCCCGGCGGGCCAAGCUCACCGUCCUGAUUCCCCCUGAAGACCCGGUGAUCGACGGCGCCCCCGAGAUCCUGCUGCGGGCUGGCACCCCGUACAACCUGACGUGCCGGGCUCACAGCGCCAAGCCUGCCGCCACCAUCGUCUGGUUCCGGGACGGGCUGCAGCAGGACGACACCAGCAUCAGCACGGAAGUGUUAGCAGAUGGCAAGAGGGAAACCACGGUCAGCCAGCUCCUCAUCAACCCCACAGACGCGGACAUCGGGCGGGUCUUUGUCUGCCGGAGCACCAACGACGCCGUCCCGGCCGGCAAGGAGACCUCCAUCAAGCUGAACGUACACCAUCCCCCCACGGUCACCCUCUCCAUCCAGCCCCAGACGGUGCAGGAAGGCGAGCGGGUCGUCUUCACCUGCGUGGCCACAGCCAACCCGGAGAUCAGAGGCUACAGGUGGGCCAAGGGUGGCGUGAUCAUCGAAGAAGCCAAGGACAGCAAGUACGAGGCGCAGGUGGAUUAUUCCUUCUUCACGGAGCCCGUCUCGUGCGAGGUGCACAAUGAUGUGGGAAGCACCAACGUCAGCACGCUGGUGGACGUGCACUUUGCCCCUCGGAUCGUGGUGGACCCCAAGCCCACGACCACCGACAUCGGCUCGGAUGUGACGCUGACAUGCGUGUGGGCCGGCAACCCCCCGCUGACCCUCACCUGGACCAAAAAAGAAUCCAACAUGGUGCUGAGCAACAGCAACCAGCUCUACCUGAAGUCGGUGACACAGGCCGACGCUGGGCAGUACAUCUGCAAAGCCAUCGUGCCCAGGAUCGGCGUGGGCGAGCGGGAGGUCACCCUCUUUGUCAAUGGCCCCCCGAUCAUCUCGAGCGAGGCCGUUCAGUACGCUGUGCGUGGCGACCGCGGGAAAGUGGAGUGUUUCAUCGGGAGCACGCCACCCCCCGACCGCAUUGCCUGGGCCUGGAAGGAGAACAUCCUGGAAGCUGGCACACUGGAGCGCUACACGGUGGAGAGAACCAACACGGGCAGCGGGGUCCUCUCCACCCUGACCAUCAACAACGUGAUGGAGGCCGAUUUCCAGACACGCUACAACUGCACGGCCUGGAACAGCUUUGGGCCGGGGACGGCCAUCAUCCAGCUGGAGGAGAAAGAAGUCCUGCCCGUGGGCAUCAUCGCCGGAGCCACCAUCGGGGCCAGCAUCCUCCUCAUCUUCUUCCUCGUCGCCUUGGUCUGCUUCCUCUACAGGCGCCGCAAAGGAAGCCGCAAGGACGUGACCCUCCGCAAGCUGGACAUCAAGGUGGAGACGGUGAACCGGGAGCCCCUGACGCUGCAUGCGGACCGCGAGGAGGACACGGCCAGCGUCUCCACGGCAACCCGCGUCAUGAAGGCCAUCUACUCGUCGUUCAAGGACGACGUGGACCUGAAGCAGGAUAUGCGGUGCGACACCAUCGACACGCGGGAGGAGUACGAACUCAAGGACCCAACCAAUGGCUACUACAACGUUCGCGCCCACGAGGACCGCCCGCCCUCCCGCACCGUGCUCUACGCCGACUACCGCGCCCCGGGCCCCGCCCGCUACGACAUGCGCCCCUCCUCCCGCCUCUCCCACUCCAGCGGCUACGCCCAGCUGAGCACCUACAGCCGGGGCCCCGCGUCGGAGUACGGGGCCGAGCCGGCCCCGGGGCCCCCGCCGGGCACCGCCUCGGGCGAGACGGCCAGCCAGCUCUCCUACGAGAACUACGGCGGCCACGCCGCCUUCCCGCCCAGCGCCGGCUACGCCACCUACCGCCUGGGCUACAGCCAGCCCCCUCCGCCCAGCUUGGACCGCGCCCCCUACGACGCCUACGACCCCAUGGGCAAGUACACCAAUGCCACCCGCUUCUCCUACACCUCCCAGCACUCGGACUACGGGCAGCGGUUCCAGCAGCGGAUGCAGACUCACGUCUGAAGGGCCGGGGGGCUGGGGGCGGGGACGAUCCUCCCUGGAGACAAAAGUGGGGGGGGGGGUCAAGGGUACUUUGUGACUGUCCUCUGAUAUUCAGGGGCUUUUCCAGAACACCCCCCCCCCACGCCCACCCCUAACCCCCACCCAGCGGCAGGACUCUCAGCCUGCCCGGCAACUGCACCCCUCACCGCCUGUAUUCCAGGGACCCUGGCGUCCGGCUGACUCCGGGGCCCCUCUUCCCCUAUAUCUGAGCUUCCAGCCAGCCACCCGUCAUGUUGUCUUCGUUCGUUCUUUUCAGCCCAUGUCUCAAGGGGCCGGCGCCCUCCCCGACUGGAAGGAAAACAGAUUUUGGGGGGGGCUGGGGAGCCUCACCCCCACCCCUGCCCCGGCCGUGGUCACGCGUGGCACAGUUCUCCUCCCAGCGGGCUGGAGGCCGGAUAAAGCGUGCUGGUAGCUGCAGGGGGGGAGAUUCCCUCCCAUGGCCUGCAUCCCACCCCGCCCCAUCCUGCUCCAAGCAAGACUCUGGAAACUUGCCCCCGGCCACGCUGGGGAGACCCCAUUUCUUUGCCAGGCGUCGUCGGGUCUUUGCGGGGAGAUGGGCCGAGAGCUGAACUCCAGGCUGGGGGUGAAAGGUUGUGACAACAAGGGGUGGGGGGGAUUGUGGGGCAGCGGAGGACCAAGUGGCAUUGGGGGGGUGGCUGAGGGCAGGCUAGCUUGUGCAUUCCCCUGGGGGCUGUGGGAUCCCUGGGGUCUGCAACUGGCUCCCGCACCUCUCGGCCGCUAGGCGGCAGAGAGUCGUGCCAUCACCGGCUCCCAGGGCACGAUGGGACCCGCCGGGCUGCCGGGGUGCCGCAGGGGGGCACGGGGGACACUGUGCUCUAGAUGUGAACGCGCCCGGACGGGGGCUGCGGCUGCCUGUCGGCCGGCAGGCCGGCUAACCCUGCAGCCAGCCUCUGAAUGGCCAAAGGGCUCUGAUCCUGCCUCAACGCCCAUCGCUCAGCGCCUGGCAGGGUCGGGCCCUAAUGUGGAAAACCAACCUGGAGCUGCAGCUUUUGAUCCAGUCCACACCCGGGACCCCCAUCCAAUACCAGGACCCCCUAUUCCAGACCAGGGACCCAUGUCCAAUACUGGGACCCCCUAUUCCAGACCAGGGACCCCCUAUCCUUUCGUGGGGCCCCCUGUUCCAUACCAGGGUCCCAUGUGCAAUACUGGGACCCCCUAUCCAAUUCCUCCCUCUUCCAUACUGGGACCCGCCUAUACAAUACAGGUACUCCCUAUCCUAUACCAGCACCCCUUUCCCAUACUGGGAUCCCUCCUGCCCCACUUAGCAAUAUGGGAAGGGUGAAGUGCUCGCAAUCCCUACGCUGUGAAUCCCUGACCUCGAGGGCACUGCUGGCCCUAGGGAGAAAGGUCAGCCCCACCCCCGAGUGCUUCCAUUCACAACAGCACCCCUUGCCGCUCACACCCCAAAUUGGAUCCCUCCCCUGUGUGGCAUUCCUCUUCAGGAAGAAAGCAGGGGGCCCCAAUCUCUCCCCCAGUACCCCAUCCGUCCAGGGCCGAGUUGACUCCGUCCCCCGUCCCUAGCACUUUGAAUACGUUUGUUUGGGUUUAUGUUGGAUUUUUUUAUAUAUAUAUUUUAUACGGGGGCGGGAGGGGGGUGGUUGGUGGGUUGGUUUUUUCCUCCGAAAGGACCGAUUGGAAUCCUGCCUCUUCCACCACUUCCUGUGCCUUGAACUUCAGCUUUAUUUGACCCGUCGGCAUUUGCUUGCGCGGUGGAACCAAGCCAAGGGGGUGGGGGCGUCGGCGGGGCUAAAUGUUUUCGGGGCUGGUGGCACCCCGGGGCGGGGAAGCUGAAGGCUCAUCUCUCCCCCUAGUGCCUGGCACCAGCCACUACAGCAGCCUGUCCCCGAGGUCAGGGGAGGAGCUGACCCUUUAGCUUGAGGCAUCAAGAGCUGUGUUUUUAGGGCUGAAAGUUGUGGAUGCAGCCUCCACUGACGAUAUGGGCUUUCCAGGGCUGCCCAUUGAGAAAUGAUGGGUGCCCCUGGAUUUCCCAGGGUUGCUAUUUUGGUGGGGGUGAAGGGUAUCUUUCAAGGUUCCCAAGUAUCCCAGCAAAGCUGCACCCCACUCCUGGAAGGGAUGGGGGGCGUGGGCUCUGUUUUCGAAGCCUGGCAGUGCCAUUCCCCAGCCGGGCAGAGGGGGGCGCUGCUGAGCGACACUGGGUCCCGCCCUGCAGCGUGAGCAAUGCAAAUCCUAAGUGGCGCUGAGCAGGAUCCCGGCCCCCCCCCCUUUACUGCCCUUUCCGCCAUCGCUCCGUUAGGGAGCAGGACUCGAACCCAGGCCCUGCUUCUCCACAGUCGCAGCCCGGCCCAGGAGUCGAACUCUGAUCUCCUGCGUGGCUGGGCAGAGGGCAAAGCCACCAGCCCUGUCUUGACUGUUCCCUCCUAGUACCUGCCGGCGUGGCAGGGCCGCUCCAGCCCUGGACUGCAGCAGUUCUGGAUCUUUUCUUGUGACCCUUCUGACCCUGCAGCAUCGGUUUCGUUUGCACAGUUCGGGGCCUUGAUUUUAAGUACAGAUACCGCCCCGCCCCCCUCUACAUUAUGGAGCCAUUCAGAUAUUGUACAGCCGUGAGCUGCGUGGGUUAUCGGCAUCAGCAGCAGGGGUUAGCAAUGGUUAUAGUGGCCGGUUGGCUGGCUGGAGCCUAUAACACCCGAGGACGGAGGGGUCACCAUUUAUUAAAACAUCACCUGACCCUUUAUUUAGCCUGUUCGGAAGCAGCCGGAUUUGAUCAUGUGUCGUGAUAUGGGCUUGUUUUUCUUUUCCUGCCCUAUUUAUGGGACUUAUACAACGGCCAUUACCCUGGCCCCUGAGAACCUCACAAUCAUCACUGCGCUUUUCCUCAUGACCCCCUGUGAGGCAGGGCAGGGCUGGUCUCUGAAGCAUCUGGCACUGGCCUAUGUCGGAAGGCAGGAUACUGGGCUACAUGGACCACUGGUCUGACCUAGGAGGGCCGUUCUCAGGUUCUUAGCCCCAUGGUACACAUGGGGAACUGGAGCCUGGAGACCCAGAUUUUUAAAGGCAUUUUGGCCUAGCUGCACUCAGUAUCUCAACGCCUAACUGAUUUAGGAACACAGAUCAUUUUCCGAAGGGGUUUAGGCACUCCAGAACCUGACUCUCAUGGACAGCUGAUGGGAUUUUUGCUCCAAAGUGCCUAAAUCCUUUUGGAAACUGAGUUUUAGCUCCUAAUGAGUUAGACAUUGCAACUCUGGGUGUAACACUGCCCAAUAUCUGGCUCAGUCGUGCCCCAGGUCAGAUGGGAGAAUAGAGUUGACCCUGGGUCUGCCUGGUCUCAGGCUUACAACCUGAUCCAGGGACCAGCUCUUAAUGCGCCACUUUCAGAAGUCAUGUUAUUUUGAACUUCAGCUUCCCCCCCCCCCCUUAGUAA